CUACGGGCGUGGCCUUCAGCGUGGGCGUGGCCUUGGUGUCCCCGCGGGGCCGGGGCGGAAGCGGAAGUGACGCGCGGGGCGCGGCGCCAUCGCUGUCAUGGCGGGCAGGGGGGGCCGCCCGGGUCCCCGAGCGGUGGACAGACUACAUCCCCCUGGGCAGGAGGAUGCCAGGAACCCGCUUCAUUGCCUUCAAGGUGCCCCUGAAGAAGAGUUUUGACAGGAAUCUCCUUCCAGAGGAGAGGUUUUCCCCUCGUGACCUCAUCAGGAAAGUCAGGGAGAGGAAGGAGGAGCUGGGGCUGAUCAUCGACCUCACCUACACCAGGCGCUACUAUGGGCCAGAGGAGCUCCCAGCCACACUCUGCUACUCGAAGAUCCUGACCAUGGGACACGAAAUCCCAAACAAACAGACCAUUUUCCAGUUCAAAUGUGUGGUAAAGCAGUUUCUGAAUGACAACAAAGACAAUGACAAACUCAUCGGGGUUCACUGCACCCAUGGCUUGAACAGGACUGGAUACCUGGUGUGCAGGUACCUGAUUGAUGUUGAAGGCAUGGAGCCAAACACUGCCAUAGAGUCCCCAAAGGUUGUAGCUCAAACCUGUCCCUCUCCAGUGUUCAACAAGUCCCGAGGGCAUCCCAUAGAGAGAACCAACUACAUCCAGGAUCUCAGGAACAGAGCUGGGAAAAAGAAGUGUGGACUGAAGAGUUUGGGCUCAGGCCCCUUCAGAGAAAAAAGCAGUGCCCCAGCAAACCCCAAAAAGCAGAUGAUGGUCAAAGCCCACCCUCCUCGCUCGGCCCAGCCCCCCCUGGCAGUGCCCAGGAAUGCCAGCAGUGCCAAGAGGAAGCACCAGCCCAACCCCACGGCCCUGGCACAGCCCCUGGAUUUGGGACACGGGCAGGAGGCCCCGGAGCAGAGGAGGAUGUGCAGCCUGGCCCCCAGGAACUGUUGGGUGUCACCCAAGGGACUCUCUUUCCCUCACCCCCAGAAUUCCCAGAACUCCCAGGAGGCCACGCCCGCCAGGAAGCGCCGGCACCGGCGCAGGAAACACGUGAGGCCGGAGCAGGGAAUGUCCUGACAGCACCCAGGGAAUGCCGUGCUCCCAGGGAAUGCCGUGCUCCCAGGGGAUGCCGUGCUCCCAGGGAAUGCUGUGCUCCCAGGGAAUGCUGUGCUCCCAGGGGAUGCCGUGCUCCGGGACAGCCCUUCCAUGGGCUCAUCUCUGCCCCGGGGGAGCGCCGGGAUGGGGCUGGAACGGCUGGAAUGAGGGGCUGGAACUGCCAGGAGCUGCCAGCCCGGGGGUUGCUCAGCUCAGCAGGGCUCUGGUUUUUAAUUUUUCUCUCUUUCCUCAACCUCCCCCCACACCGAUGAUUUUAUGGAUCUCACGGGAAUUUUCUACUCUUACACCGUAACUCCGCUCCCAGAGGGAUGUGAGGAAUAAACAAAGCUGGGAGAAUCCUAAAGGAACACCCCUUAACCUUCAACAGAAAGAGCUUUUCUUGGUUUCCUCGAUAUAGGACAAGAAAUAGGAUUUGGCCUGAAAAUAUAGGAUUUUUUUUCCCCUCCUUUUCACUCAUUUUUGCUGAAGUAAAAUCUCUGCAGUGUGUAAAA